AUGGCCGACCAGCUGACUGAGGAGCAGAUUGCAGAGUUCAAGGAGGCCUUCUCCCUGUUCGACAAGGAUGGCGAUGGAACCAUCACCACCAAGGAGCUGGGCACCGUGAUGCGCUCUCUGGGCCAGAACCCGACGGAGGCCGAGUUGCAGGACAUGAUCAACGAGGUCGACGCCGAUGGAAACGGCACCAUUGACUUCCCCGAGUUCUUGUCUUUGAUGGCCCGAAAGAUGAAGGACACCGACACGGAGGAAGAGCUCAUCGAGGCAUUCAAGGUCUUCGACCGCGAUGGCAACGGCUUCAUCAGUGCCGCCGAGCUGCGGCACGUGAUGACCAACCUGGGUGAGAAGCUCACGGAUGAGGAGGUCGAUGAGAUGAUCCGUGAGGCUGAUGUUGAUGGUGACGGCCAGAUCAACUAUGAGGAGUUCGUGAAGAUGAUGAUGGCCAAGUGUCGAUGUCCAAAAUCUCGUGUGCAGGAGCAGAUUGCGGAGUUCAAGGAGGCCUUCUCCCUGUUCGACAAGGAUGGCGAUGGAACCAUCACCACCAAGGAGCUGGGCACCGUGAUGCGCUCUCUGGGCCAGAACCCGACGGAGGCCGAGUUGCAGGACAUGAUCAACGAGGUCGACGCCGAUGGAAACGGCACCAUUGACUUCCCCGAGUUCUUGUCUUUGAUGGCCCGAAAGAUGAAGGACACCGACACGGAGGAAGAGCUCAUCGAGGCAUUCAAGGUCUUCGACCGCGAUGGCAACGGCUUCAUCAGUGCCGCCGAGCUGCGGCACGUGAUGACCAACCUGGGUGAGAAGCUCACGGAUGAGGAGGUCGAUGAGAUGAUCCGUGAGGCUGAUGUGGAUGGUACGGGCCUCAGACUCGAGUGA